AUGGCUGCCAACCACCUGACAGGACUGAUACUGUGCAUACUCAUAUCUAUAGUCAGCUCCGAUGAUUUAAUGCACCCAUUCUCGAUUUCCAUGGCUCCUGGCGCAUCUGGCGAAUGCUUUUACGAGAAUAUCACUAUUGGAGUUCAAGUCACCUUCCUAUACGAGGUCGCUUCUGGCGAAGACUUUCUAAUCAAGGCUACAAUAACAGGACCACCACCAAGUAAUCAAGUCAUAUAUGAUGAAGGUCGGCUAGAAGACGCUACAUACAGUUUUGAAGUUAAGGAGGCAGGUGAACACGCUUUCUGUUUCGACAACUCGGUCGGCGAAUCCUCAUACCGCGACAUAAAUUUCAACAUUGUGCUGAAAAUACCACCAGGUGUAACACCCCCAGAGGAUCACCUAUACACAUCCUCAAACCCACACCCAUCCCUCAACACAUUCGGCCCCUCCAACACCACCGCAACAGGCCCUCCCUCGGCACUCGAAGCAGGAAUAAUAAUACUCAGCGACAAACUAUACACAGUCACCAAGCUCGUCGACUAUUAUGGCCUGCGCUUGCACAGACAUCGAUAUAUUGCCGACUCGUUGAAUGACAGGGUACAGUAUUGGGCUGUUUGUAAAUCUGCAGCGCUGAUUUUUUGGAGCUGGUUGUCGGUGCUGGCGAUACGGAGAAUGUUCAGUGAUAGGGGGAUUAGUGUGUAA